CCAUAAGCCCAGGCUGAGACUGGGACCAGCCCCGCCGCCACGGCCACCGCCACUCACAGAAGUUACCCCUUCACAACCGGCUUUACAACAACAGCGCGCCUGAUUGGAGAAAGGGAAAGCCGCAGCCAAUCAGCGCUGGCCUGAUUUAACCUUCCGCUCCCCUUAGCAACCCUCAGCCGUUACCGCUGUCUACUUUUCCGCCCUGCGUUUGCUGUUGGCGACUCUCGACGCCCAUUGGUGGUUGCCUUUGUCAAUCAUCUUCAACGUUCGGCGCGGCGCGGCUCUGGUCUGGUUUGCUGGCUGCCGCGUAAGCGGAGGACGGUGGUUCUGGCGGCACGGCACGCGACGCUGCUGGUAAAUAACAUGUAAAAGGAGUUUAAAUGACAGCAAAAGAAACCACUCCUGUCAAAGCAGGAGUUGUCAGUGUCCCUUACGGACAUGUGAUUGGAAAUGAGAAAUGGAGAGGGUCACAGAUAGCUCAAGGAUUACAAGGGAAAAUUAAGCUAAUUCUUGAAGAUGGCUUAGGACUUGUGGAUUUUCAUCUUUCAAACAGAUCUUGCAUUUUGUAUAUUUCUGAAGCAGAUUUGGUGGCAGGAAAUGGCUUCAAAAGACGUCUUGUUCGGUUUAGAAAUGCCAGCAGUCUUCAUGGGAUUGUGAUAGUUGAAAAAACCCAGAUAAGUGAUCAAUACUUUCCGACAGUGCAGAAGUUUAUUGUGCUAGAACUUGGAAUGACAUUGCUUCCAGUGGCCAAUCAGGGAGAAGCAUCUCAACUUAUUAUCCAGCUAGUCCAUGAGCAAAGCAAGGAUCACACUAGUAACCCCUUUCUUCAUAAAAAAUGUCCCCAGCUAGUGGAGGCAUCAAUACUUCGGACAGUCCAGCAGAUUCCAGGAGUUGGGAAAACAAAAGCUCUGCUUCUACUACAGCAAUUUGUAAGCAUCCACCAGCUUUGCAAUGCAUCUGUCCAGGACCUCGAGCUAGUAGUAGGACAAACAAUAGCACAACAAAUUCAUACUUUCUUUACACAGACAAAGUGACAUUCGCUCAUUAAUAUCUCAGACAAACAUGAGGGUUUUCCCCUUUGGAAGUGGAGAGUAAUCUUUGAGUCCUAUUCUAGGUGGAAUUGAUUUAUAUUUUUAUAGAACAAUUCAGGAUGGACUCCAUUUCCACCUAGCGUCUGUUCUGAAGGUGGUAUUGUUACCCCCAAUCAGCAACUAAAAAGAGAUGAGCAGGGAUCUUGAGAUUUCAGCCCUCUCCUUGUAACAGCUUCAAUUGCUCCACACGCAACAUAUUCUGUCUCCUCCAAAUUCUGCUUGUAUUGCUAGAUCUUCUGCAGAUGUGGAUGUAGCUGCAUUUACACCAAGUUAUGAUCUGGCCCCUUAUAUUUCAUGUUCUGAGUUCAGUUUCAUGGUGGUUGUCGGAAUUAUUUGAGUUUCUCAUUGUGCAUGAACACUUGUAUUAUGUGCUAUUCCCUUGUGUCUGAGCUCUGGGGGUUUUUUUUCUAUAAACCUCAUUUAGGGCCCAGUCCUACAGCCUGUGGUCAUGCCAUUUUGUUCUGUUCGCUUUAAAUGGGACUAGCAUGAGUAUGAGCUGCAGUACUGAGCCUAUGCUUUAUUACUUUGGAGGCUGCUUUGAGCAGUUUUCAGCUGCAGUUUCUUAGGUUUUACAUUUCCAUGCUCAUUUGAAUAGAGCCCUUUUCUAAUAACCUGCUGGAUAUUAUCAUAUGAACUUCCUUCUUAGUGCAAGAUGUCCAAUAAACUAGGAUGUUUGUUUGUUCAUACUUGUUUUUUUCUAGAUUAAGAUAACUAUUAUGCUUUAUCGGCAUGCCAACGUCUUCCACAGAAUAUAAAAUUUCACAGUCCAACUUCCUUUCCCCUGUACUGGCCCUUCUGAAAUAGUUUCCUAUAAAGGAAAGGGUUGCUGUGCAUUCCUGGCUACCUCGGACUUAAUUGUCAAUGGAGCGUCCCUGUCCUUCCAUUUCUUUAGAGCAAAAUUGUCUCUUGCCCCAGACACCAGUUAGGAAGUCUACGGUGGGUUACUUGCCUUGCAGGUCUGUGCAGCAGGAAAGUAGCCUUUGCAGGCCUGCUGCUCCCCCCUCUUGUGCAGAUGGGUGGAGAGUGGCAAGGAAGGAGCAGGGAAUGGACCCCUUCACACCCACCCAAGACACUAUCUAGUACAGAGGGAAAGCAAUUACUGGUAUUGACUCCUUACUAGUAGAUGAGAGUAAACUUUCAUUCUAGCCCUAAAUGUUCCAAUUAUUGAAUGGCAAUGAUUCCUGGAACUACAGAACAAGCAAUUGCAUUCCUGGGGCUUGCUUCUGCAGGUUUAAAUCUCAUGUAAAUACAUGUUUGUUGUCCCUUCUCUCACUCCUUCCUACAUACACGCUUUCCUUAAAUAGACUGUGGGGCUAUAAAACCUUUCUCUUGCACACUCUGAUGUGUGUAUUGCCUGGCAAUCUUUUAUCUAUUGGUACUGCAGGACAUGCACUCUUUUUAAUAUUUCAAAUGGCUGACUGUUCAGUUGAUUAAAUAAAUCAAGAAGGUAGGUAAUUAGAACAGUGACUUAGUGCUAAUGGGCUGAGCUGCUAAUCUAUUAACCUGUAUUUCCAGGAUUUGGUAACAGCCAUAGAUGUUCCUUGUGAGUGGUCCUUGUAAGGAUCUUAGCCCCCAAAGUAAUCUUUAAACAUAUGUUGGACACAGUUUUUGUACUGCACAAACAGAACUUUAUUUUUCAAAGCAAUUUGCUGUGGAAUUGGUAAUGUAAAUCCUAAUGGUUUUGGUCAUUUAAAAAUAAACUAGCUGUGAUGAGC